AACACAAACAUAUCCAAUACUAGCCUGCAAUUAGAUAUUGGAAAUUUACUGAUUAUGGGAAGCACACGGCGGUUGGCGUGGUGGCUCCACUUGAUACUGGCGGCGGCCGCCAUCUCCACGGCGAGGACAGCACCGCAGACGAAUCUCAUCACAAAAGGGUGCAGCCAAUAUAAUGCUACCAACGAGAGAGUUUUUUUUAACAACCUUAACGCCACCUUCUCCGAUCUCCGAGGCCAGCUGUCGGGUGGCAGGCGGUUCGGAACCGCCGAGCGAGAGGUGUCUCCGGACUCGAUUUAUUGUAUGGCACAGUGCAGAAGCUAUAUGACAGUACCGGACUGCUUGGCUUGCUAUGACUUUGCUGUCUCUCAGAUUCGGAACUGCUCCACUGUCGGAGCUCGCCUUGUCUACGACGGUUGUUUCCUCAGGUAAUAUUUUGGGAGCAACUGAGUUGCAACGGCCAAAUGUGUACAGUUACAAAGAGUUGAAAGCCGCGACUGACAAUUUUAGCGACGAAAAAAGACUAGGGGAAGGCAGCUUUGGUGUUGUAUACAAGGCCAGCUUAAGAAAUGGGAAUGUGGUGGCGGUGAAGAGGCUGGAUAUAAGUUACAACAGAGCAAAGGCGGAUUUCGAGAGUGAAGGAAGGCUGAUCAGCAAUGUUCAUCACCGCAAUCUUGUCCGUCUCUUGGGAUGUUGUAGCAAAGGCUCGCAGCUGCUUCUCAUCUACGAGUACAUGGAAAACGGAAGCCUCGACACGUUCCUAUACGGUGAGAAGCGUGGAUCAUUGAGCUGGAAACAACGGUUCGAUAUGAUAUACGGAAUAGCAAGGGGCAUCGCAUAUUUGCACGAGAAUUACCACGUUACUAUAAUACAUCGAGACAUCAAGCCCAGCAACAUUUUAGUGGACAGUGAAUUUCAAGCCAAGAUUGCUGAUUUUGGAUUGGCAAGGCUUCUGCCGGAGAAUCUGAGCCAUGUCAGCACUAAAUUCGCGGGCACAUUGGGAUACACAGCACCAGAAUACGCGAUAAACGGCCAUUUAUCAGAGAAAGUCGACAUCUACAGCUUUGGAGUUGUAGUCCUCGAAAUCAUCAGUGGCCAAAGAUGCAGUGAUCUCCACACCAAUUCCGAUUCAAAUUCUAAUCCAAGCUAUCUCCUAGAUGAGGCGUGGAAUCUAUACGAGUGUGGGAUGCAUCAGAAACUAGCGGACGAGAUGUUGGAUUGGAAUGAAUAUAGAGUGGAAGAAUUGAAGAAAAUGGUUGAAAUUGGUUUGAUUUGCACACAGUCGCCAGCUUCUUCAAGGCCAAGCAUGUCUGAAAUUAUAGCAAUGAUGUUAAGCGAUGGUAACGAGGUGAUGAGAGCUCCACAAAGGCCUAAUUCCAUUAUUGGGGGACAAAAUGCUUCACUUACAUAUGCCUCUAAUGCCACUCUCUCCUUCACCAACUUUACUGCCCGCUAAAUUUCUAAUUCCUCUAUUUCUACUCUA